AUGACACGCUUAUUUAUUUUUUCUCAGAACCAGCGUCGUCGCUGUGACCUAGGCAUGGCCCUUUUCCUCCUCUCGCUCGUCCUGCUCUCUGCCCACACGACGUUGGCCUUCCGCUUCUCCUCAGGGCUCCGCGCAGGCGAUCUGCGCGGGAUAGUGCGCGGAUGGACACGCUGCGGACGCUGGACGUGUAAAAAACAUAACAACGGCGGAGGGAAGGGCGGAAAUGGGAAGGGUGACACCGGGGGCGGCGGAGGGAUGGGCGGUGGUGGAACGGGCGGGGGCGGAAUGGGCGGAGGAAUUGGAGGCGGCGGAACCAUGGGCGGCGGCGAAAUAGGUGACGGAGGAAGAGGCGGCGUGGGCAUGGGCGGUGGCAGAACUGGCGGCGGUGGAAUGGGCGGUGGGGGAACGGGCGGGGGCGGAGUGGGCGGCGGCGGAAUGGGGGGAGGAAUGAGCGGCGGAGGAACAGAUGGAGGUGGAAUGGGAGGGGGCAGGGGCGGACCCGCCGGGUCACCUGCUCCUGGGGACGGAAUGGGCGGCGUUGGAAUGGGCGGCGAAGGCGGAAAAGGUGGUGGUGGAAUGGGCGGUGGUGGAACCGGAGGUGGAAUGGGGGGAGGCAUGGGCGGACCUGGGUCAUAUGCUCCCGGAUCGGAAGCAGCCAUGGGUUCUGGCGGUAUGGAUGAUGGCAUGGGCGGCAGAGGACGAAAAGGUGGAAUGGGCGGUGGUGGAAUUGGCAGUGGUGACAAUGAUGGGGGCGGAAUGGGUGGCGGAGGAAGGGGGGGUGGUGGCAUGGGUGACGGCGGAAUGGGCGGCAGCGGGAUGGGUGGCGGAGGAACCGGUGGAAGUGGAAUGGGGGGCGGUGUGGGUGGUCCAGGGUCACCUGCUCCCGGAUCAGAAGCAGCCAUGGGACCUGGAAGGGGCAUGGGCGGCGGAGGAAUGGGAGGCAGCGGAAUGGGCAGUGCCAAUAGUGAUGGCAGCGGAAUGGGCGGCGGUGGAACGGAUGAUGGCGGAAUGGGCGGCGGCGGAAUGGGCGGCGGUGGAAUGGAUGAUGGCGGAAUGGCUGGCGGCGGUGGUGUGGGCGGUGGAAUGGAUGAUGGCAGAAUGGGUGGCGCAGGAAUGGGCAGAGGAGGAACCGGAGGAGGAAUGGAAGGGGGAAUGGACGGGCCUGGCUCCUCUGCUCUUGGAUCAGAAGCAGCCAUGGGUCCUGGAGGCACGGAUGAUGGCAUGGGCAGAGGAGGAAGAAGGGGCGGGGGCAUGGCUGGCGGCGGAGAGGAUGGUGGUGAAAUGGGCGGCAGCAGAAUGCGCGGCGGUGACAAUGAUGGGGGCGGAAUGGUUGGUGGAGGAAUGGGGGCUGGUGGAAUGGGCGGCGGUGGCAAUGAUGGGGAUAGAAAGGGCGGCGGUGGAAUGGGCAGCGGAGGAACCGGAGGGGGAAUGGGAGGCGGAGUGGGGUCAUCUGCUCCCGGAUCAGAAGCAGCCAUGGGUCCUGGUGGGGGCAUGGAUGACAGCAUGGCUGGUGGAGGAAGGGGCGACGACGACAUGGGCGGCAGUGGAAUGGGCGGGGAUGGAAUGGGAGGUGGCAAAACGGGCAGCGGUGGAAUGGACGGAGGUGUAAUGGGCGGCGGCAAAAUGGGCGGCGGCGGAUUGCGUGGAGGGGGGUUUGGCGGCGGAAUUGGCGGCGAAAUGGGCGAGGUUGGGGUGGGCGGCGGGGGAAUGGGUGACAGCCUGGGAAGACCUGGGUCAUCUGCUCCGGGAUCAGAAUCAGCCACGGGUCCUGGGGACAUGGGCGCUGGGGGAAUGGGAUGCGGCGGAAUAGGCGGCGGUGGCAAAGAUGCGGGUGGAAUGGGGGGCGGUGGAAUGGGGGGAAGUGGAAUGGGUGGCGGAGGAAUGGGUGGGAGUGGAAUGGGUGGCAGCGGAAUGGAUGACGGUGAAAUGGGCAGCGGCAGAAUGGGCGGCGGCAGAAUGGGCGGAAUGGGUGAGGGUGGAGUGGGCGGAGGAAAGGGUGGUGGAAUGGGGGGGGGCAUGGGCAAACCUGGGCCAUCCACUCCUGGAUCUGAAGCAGCCAUAGGUGCUGGGGAAACCAAAGGCGGCGGUGGAAUGGGCGGCGGUGGAAUGGGCGGGGACGGAUUGGGCGGCGGAGGAACCGGAGGGGGCAUGGGCGGACCUGGAUUGCACGAGAGGAGUGGAUUUUUCCCUUAG